UCAGUUCCCGCGGAUCGAGUCAUGUGACUUAUUCCCAUGCUUUUCUCGUAUGACCUCAUCUGACUCGCGUUUCUCCUCGAAGACUCAGAAUUUAGAAACUCGGGACUGUGUUUCCGGCGUGACUGCAAUUCAGCUGGCCAAACCCGAUUCCGUUCUCCCUACGCCGCGAUGGCCGGCAGCUGAGAGGCACAACAUCUGCCGUCCUGACGCAUACCAUCCGACGAAUGUAGAAUCCAAAGUCGAUCAAGGGACCACUCGCUCAAUGGUGCUCUUCCCCUCAUUUGGCG